CCUCAGGAGCACUGGCAAUCCCCGCACCAGGAGGGGCGGCCCCUCCUUCCCGGUGAUGGUGGGGCCACACCCUGCGCGUAGCGCCCAGGUCGCCUUUACCCUCUACGUCCUAUAGUUUAGCCAUCACCCUUCCCAACUUCCGCUGUCCUUGGAGAGUCGGCCGGAUAGGAGUUCUAGGACGAUCAGGGUAGGCAAACUGCUUUCCCCUUAAAAACGGCGGCGGCGGCGUGGUGUCGAAAGUGCGGAGCAGAGGGUGCAGGUUCUGUCCUCGCUGCUUCCCUGCUGUGCUAGGGAAUAAAGGGAGCGUGGCUGGCGCUGAAGUGGAAGUCCAAAUAUAAUGUCAGGUGGCUGAAAAUUUGCCUAUCAAAAUGUCAAAAAGGCCAUCUUAUGCCCUACCUCCUACCCCAGCUCCUGCAACUCAAAUGCCCAGCACACCAGGGUUUGUGGGAUACAAUCCAUACAGCCAUCUGGCCUACAACAACUACAGGCUGGGAGGGAACCCAGGUACCAACAGCCGGGUCACGGCUUCAUCUGGUAUUACCAUUCCAAAGCCCCCCAAACCCCCAGACAAGCCCCUGAUGCCCUACAUGAGGUACAGCCGGAAGGUCUGGGACCAAGUGAAGGCAUCCAAUCCUGAUUUGAAGUUAUGGGAAAUUGGCAAGAUUAUUGGAGGAAUGUGGCGAGAUCUCACUGAUGAAGAGAAGCAAGAGUAUUUGAAUGAAUAUGAAGCUGAAAAGAUAGAGUACAAUGAGUCCAUGAAGACCUACCAUAACUCUCCUGCAUACCUUGCCUACAUCAAUGCAAAAAGUCGUGCUGAGGCUGCUCUGGAAGAAGAGAGCCGACAGAGGCAGUCACGCAUGGAGAAGGGUGAACCUUACAUGAGCAUACAGCCAGCAGAAGACCCAGAUGAUUACGAUGAUGGCUUUUCCAUGAAGCACACAGCCACGGCCCGUUUCCAGAGAAACCACCGGCUCAUCAGCGAGAUCCUGAGCGAGAGUGUGGUACCUGAUGUCCGCUCUGUUGUCACAACAGCUCGAAUGCAAGUUCUGAAACGCCAGGUUCAGUCCUUAAUGGUUCAUCAGCGUAAACUAGAAGCUGAGCUGCUGCAGAUUGAAGAGCGUCACCAGGAAAAGAAGAGGAAGUUUUUGGAAAGCACAGAAUCCUUUAACAAUGAGCUUAAAAGGUUAUGCAGUUUGAAGGUGGAAGUGGAUAUGGAAAAAAUUGCAGCUGAAAUUGCUCAAGCUGAGGAACAGGCUCGCAAGAGGCAGGAGGAAAGGGAAAAAGAAGCUGCUGAGCAAGCUGAGUGCAGUGAAAAUAAUGCAGCAGCUGAGGAAGAACAGGCAGCUAACAAGAUAGAGGAGAAGAAAGAAGAGGAGAGUGCUCCAAUGGAGACAGAAGAGCCUCGCCCAGAAGAGAGCACAGAAAACCAGCAGAAUGGUGAAGAAGGAACAUCUACCCCAGAUGAUAAGGAGAGUGGCCAAGAAGGGGUUGAUAGCACCGUGGAGGACGGAACCAGUGAUAGCAACACUGGCUCAGAGAGCAACAGUGCGACAGUUGAAGAGCCUCCUGCAGAGCCCAUCACUGAGGAUGCUGAGAAGAAAGAAUAAAUAUUGACUCAUUUUGUGUGUCUCUUUUGAAUGAAGUACUGUUUUGAUUUCAAACUCUACUGCGUGGCUUUUCUAUCUUCCCUGCCUGCAUCUCUUGUCUCCAGAGGCUAACGGGGUUUAGUAACCUAUGGUCAGCGCAGCAGCUUCAGGGGGCCUUUAGAGGCAAAAGCUAUUUCAAAACAAACAGAAAAGGAAAUCUCAUGUGUCUAAACAGCUGUUACAAUGUAGAGAGGUACUGCCUAUUCCUUGGGGGUUCUCCCCUCAAAGAUAGUGUUGGGGUUCAUAUUAGAGACUUCUCUCUUUCAUUUAGUU